AUGCUAGUCUUAUAGUAUGGUCACUGUUUAAUAUACACAGUACUUGCGAAUUGUUAAAAAUCAGGAGCUGGGUUAUGUAUUACAAACACAAAUACCGAUUCUACCUGUAUAGUCGUUUCAGCAGCUGCCAUUUGUGUUGCAUUACACCCAGGAGCAGGAAAUCACAGUAACACAAAUUGUAAUGAAAUGAAACAGGAUUUACAAAUAAUAGAACAACUUCUUGUGUUACAAGAACAUGUGCAAAUGCUAUCGUAAUUUUAUAUACUAUUUCAAAUUGCAAUAUUUGGCUUACUACUUGCACUGUAAAUUCUAGAGGCAACGCAUGCUAAACUAUGGCAUCUAAAUUUUAUAUAUAUAUCACCGAUCCUAAGUUAAAUAACCUCUAUCUAAUUUUUGUGUUAGUAAUACAAAGUUCAUAAUUAAUUAAAUAUUUUAUAGUGUAAUGAUCGGUUCAAUAUACUAAUGAGAAAAGAGAAAUUUUUGUUUAGGCAAUUAAAUCAAAAUUAAGCUUCUUACAAACAUUUAUGUUAUUCGUAAACGCAGAUGUAAUAUAACCAUCAAUCAUCAAAAAUUUUAUGA